AUGGGGUCAGGCUCGGCCUACGGCGCGCGGUCGGGAUCAGAUUGUGGGUUCACAUUUGUGACAAUAUUUUUCUUUAUGUUGGUUCAGUUAACGAUAGGUGUUAGUUAUAUGUUUAUGGAUUCUUUCAUAAAAUUAUAUACCGGAAAAGCUGACCUCAACAAAAAUCUGAACCCGCUCUUAAAAGGAGUGGCUUAUGGACUAUUGCUACAAACUUUAUUUUGGACUUUAAUACACGCAAACGAUCUAGCGGACGCAGUUAGUUAUUUUUUCAAUUCUUUAAAAUUCAUACCACCGUGGUCAAUAUGUGAUCCGAAAAUGAAAAAGUGUAAAGCUACUAAAGAUAUCAUAUUGCAAUGUAAACUUGCAGCGACCAGCGGCAAUAAACAAAAGCAGAUAAGUCUGAAUCUUACAUCUGCGCAUCAUUAUUACGAGAGCAUUUUUCAUACUCAAGAAAGAUCCGCACUUACAACAAAAUUUUUUUUAAUAGCCAUGGUGUGGAUUAUUAAUUUCUUUUUUUCAUCAGUUUCUGACCUAGCUUUAAUAAGACUUUUCAAGUUAAUGUAUAUAUUAAGAACUUUGACAACAAUUUUUUCUACGAUUUUCAUUCUUUUCGCUUUACCCGAAUUCAUUUCAAUAGCUCUCGGUGAUUUAAUGAAUGUGGCUGCUAAAGUGUCUGUAACUGAGACAUUUUUGCAAGUUUCAUAUGCUUACGGUAUUGGAGUCGUGGGACUGUAUGAUUUUGGCACAUUAUCUCCGUAUACAUGUGUUGAUAAUGCAAUUUUAAUAUUUACCAUCUCGUAUACAUUUGUUUCCCUUUUGAGGUCAUUAGUAACGAGGAUUCUAUACUUAAAUCUCAGAAAAUGUGUUGAUAUCAAUAUCCAAAAAGGAGAAAACAAUACCGAAGAUUACCACUAUCUUAUAUUCGUGCUACUGCCUUUAGCAGCUGAUCAGUUGAAAGCUUCAAAAGUUUUCUCUCUCUAUUUGUAUUCAAAUAUGAUGUUGACACUUUGUGGUCAUAUCGCAGCCUUUACGCUAACCAUGUCAAAAAUGUUACACAGUGAGUUCAAAGCAAUUAAAAACUUGUACAUAGUUGGCAUAAUAAGCUUUAUCGGAUGUGGACUAUCCAUACCUGUAGCUCUGGGUGUGAGUUAUUGGGGUGGAUUUAUAAAUGGCUUAAAUAUUACAAUGGUCUAUUUGGGAGCAAUUCGAGUGGCAAUAAUCAUGUACAUGUACGGAAUGAAAAAAUUUUGUACAGACAUUCAGUUUUGGUUAAAUUUUAAACCUACAAAGUAUUGGAGAGCAUGUUGGAUGCUAAUGCCCAUAAUUCUUAUAGUAAGUUAUGUAUUGGCCCUAAAAUUAGCCGAGUUAUUCCAAGAGGCAUUUAAUAUAAGAACUAUUCCAGCUUACGCAUGGUUUUGUUUAACAUUACUCGUCAUAACGAUAAUACAAAUAAAAACAAUAGUCCAGUUUAUUAUAGACAACAAUUUAUCUGCUGCAUUUAGAAGUAGUCCUAAAUAUGGGCCACCCGACGCAGAUGAGAGGAAAAAAAGAAAAAAAUACGAAGAAACUGUAAACCUUAGGAUAUGUAGACAUGCAUGCAUACUGUUAGAUGAUAAGUUUGACUGCAAUCAUAUGCCACUUAUGCGAAAAGAUGUAGCCGAGGCAGAUGCAGAAGACUUGUCAAUUACAUCCAUAUUCGAAGCUGGGAGAGCAGGAAAAUAUAGGACGUCAAGUAUAAUGCAGUUACCUCAACCAUACAACUGA